GAGACACCUCUGGGGCUGAGCGGCGGCCGCCGGAGGCGGCGGCUCGGCCGCAGGUCCGCCGCCUGCACAGCUGUUGUGGCGCACAUCUCCCGGAAGAAGAGAUGCUUUGAAUUGAGGAGUUUGCGGACCUCGUCCUUCAUCUUGGGGGACACGUGGUCCAUUGUGUCGAGGAGGCUCUGGUUUUCGACGACCCGGCAAGAGACUCCUUUGCCGAGGAUGUCGUUCACGCGCUUGUACCGCUUGUUGAGGUCGUUGAACUUGUCCUCGCACUGCUGGGGGGACACGUGGAAGCCACGUUCCGUCAUGGCGCGCCCCCUUUUUCUUGUCGGCGGCGGCGGCGGGCUCCGAGACGACUUCGUCACCGAUGUAGAAAACGAUCAUGAUGAGGAGCCGGACCAUGUUGUCGGUCCACUUCAUGCGCUGCCACGGGGAGGGUACUUUUUUCCGGCCGUCGUCGGCGCUGGUCUCGGCCGUGAACGCGGGGUCUUCGUCGUCGCUGAGGGUGAGGGUUUGGGCUUUGGGCUUGGAGGGGAAUUGGUGGGCCGGCUUCGUGGGCUGGUGGGCCGGCGGGAGGUAGCUCUCGUCUGGCUGGGGGUAGUUGAGGAUCUGGUGGUGUGGGUUGGGGAGGAGAUGGGA